AUGUCUCGUAGCCUUUGCCUAUUGCUUGCGCUCAUCUCUCUAGCAGAUUCUUUCUAUCUCGGAAAUUACUACGUUGGAGCUUUACCGUACAGAUUUAUGGACUCCCCAUAUGAGAAUCGUUUAGCGCUUGGACAGUGGCGUGGCGGAAGAGACUAUACUGCGAGCGAUAACGCGUUGCAGAAGGACAAAAAGGAUUCAUUGCCAAUGAAGCGGUUCAAGCCGUGUUACUACAGUCCUAUUCAAUGUCUGAUCAAGAGGAGGUAGAGAUGGGACGUCCCAAAUAAUUGCCAGACUAUACACAAGUGAUCUCAUUAGCACCAACGCCCGUACGUUCGUGAACUUCUAACUCAAUUUGUCCCUUCAGUGUCGCUUAUUGUGUUUUUCAAUGCACCUCGCGUGCCCUCGCUUUUAAUUCACUCGUAAUCAAAUACGCAAGAAUUAAAGUAAUUUG